GGCAGGUAAAGGCUGGUGUGGGACUGGGAGCGGAACCUGUAGUCCCCGCCCGGACAGAGUCAGCCACCAGUCUCCUCGGUCGGCCUGGUGGCGGGUGAGCGCAGCUGAAUUCUGUUUAGGGGGCUAGUCAGUUCUUGAGGCUGGUCAGAGGAGGAACGGGGACGUCCGCUUCAGGGGCACAAGGUUGAGGAAAGAGGGAAACACCGGUCCCCCAAGAGUUGAGCUGUGUGGUUUUGGAGUCCAAGGCUUACUUUGGAGAAGAGGGAAGAGUUGAACGAAGUGAAGCAAUGAUCUUGUGAAUCAGUACGGGAUCAGGAGGUCUCCUUGCUAAAGGACCCCAGAUCAUGGCUCUCCAACCCCGAAGAGUCCGGCUGAAGCCCUGGCUGGUGGCCCAAGUGGACAGUGGCAUGUACCCUGGUCUUGUCUGGCUACACAGGGAAUCUAAACGCUUCCAGAUUCCCUGGAAACAUGCAACUCGACAUAGCCCUCAACACGAGGAGGAGAAUACUAUCUUCAAGGCCUGGGCUGUGGAAACUGGGAAAUACCAAGAAGGAGUUGAUGACCCCGACCCAGCCAAAUGGAAGGCCCAACUCCGAUGUGCGCUAAACAAGAGCCGGGAGUUCAACCUGAUGUAUGAUGGCACCAAGGAGGUGCCCAUGAACCCAGUGAAGAUAUAUGAAGUCUGUGAUAUCCCCCAGCCCCAGGGUUCAAUUAUUAACCCAGGGUCCACAGGGUCUGCUCCAUGGGAUGAGAAAGAUAAUGAACUAGAUGAGGAAGAGGAAGAUGAGCUAGAUCAAUCACAGCCCCAUAUCCCUAUCCAGGAUGCCUUUCCUUUCCUGAACAUCAAUGGCUCUCCUAUGGCGCCAGCCAGUGUGGGCAACUGCAGCGUGGGCAACUGCAGCCCUGAAGCAGUGUGGCCCAAAACAGAACCCCUGGAAAUGGAAGUACCCCCAGCUCCCAUGCAGCAUGACUUCUUUAGUUCUCCAGAAUUAUGGAUCAGCUCUCUCCCAAUGACUGAUUUGGACAUUAAAUUCCAAUACCGUGGGAAGGAGUUAGGGCAGACAACGGUGAGCAACCCUCAGGGCUGCCGACUCUAUUAUGGUGAUCUGGGGCCCAUGCCAGACCAGGAGGAGCUUUUCGGUCCUGUUAGCCUGGAGCAGGUGAAGUUCCCUGGGCCAGAUCAGAUCACAAAUGAAAAGCAGAAGCUGUUCACCAGCAGGUUGCUGGAUGUCAUGGACAGGGGACUGAUCUUGGAAGUCAGUGGCCAUGCCAUUUAUGCCAUCAGAUUAUGCCAGUGCAAGGUAUACUGGUCUGGGCCAUGUGCCCCUUCACUUGUAGCCCCCAACUUGAUUGAGCGGCAAAAGAAGGUCAAGCUAUUCUGCCUGGAAACCUUCCUCAGCGAACUCAUUGCCCGCCAGAAAGGACAAAUAGAGAAACAACCACCUUUUGAGAUCUAUUUGUGCUUUGGGGAAGAAUGGCCUGAUGGGAAACCCCGAGAGAGGAAGCUCAUUGUUGUUCAGGUUAUUCCAGUGGUCGCAAGGAUGAUCUAUGAGAUGUUUUCUGGCGAUUUCACUCGGUCCUUUGAUAGUGGCAGUGUCCGCCUGCAGAUCUCAACUCCGGAUAUCAAAGAUAAUAUUGUUGCCCACUUGAAGCAGCUAUACCGCCUCCUCCAGACCCAGGAAAGCUGGCCUCCCAUGAACCCUCCCCCCAACAUGCAUAUGACCCCUGCCCUACCAGCCCAGUGAUCUUGGUUGCUGCAGCCCUCUUCCCUUUUUCUAAAUAUUGUACAUAUGGAUAUUUUUUAUUAUUCAGAUUUGUUAACUGGCUUUUAACUCUACCCUCCUCUCUAUAACAAUGUUAAUAGUUUCUGUAUGUUUCCUACUCUGCCUAGCUUUUUUAAAAACUCGAUUUUAAUUUAUAUCAAAGAUCAGAUUGUAUAAAUUUCCUAUUUUUUAUUAUUGAAAGACCCAUUGGGGUUAACCAUAGUGGCAUAAUAGAAGGGAAACAAUCUAGAAUGGGAGUCAAGAAACCUGACUUAUAGAGUAAGGUUAAGCUUUUGACUUGUUAUGUGACUUUGACCAUGCCUCUGGGCUGCUCUGAAAAAUGAGAUUGAUCUCAAUCAUCUCUGGGGUCCCUCCAACUCAAACAUUCCAUGACUCAGUGGCUGAAUUCCCCCUUGUAAAAAUAUUUCAGAAGAGAAUGUCUUCCCUUACCCCAUACUAGUGUUUAGAGCAAAGAAUCCUGGAUUGGGAGUCAUUGAACCUGUGUUUGAAUACCUGGCCCUGUCACUUAACUACUUGUGUGUGGAAACCAGGGAAAAUUACUUGACCUCUCUGGUCUUCAGUUUCCUCAUCUAAAAAGAGAAGGAUUUGGACUACGUGCCCUCCAAGGUCCUCCAACUCUAAACCUGUUUCCCUAUAUUGCUUUGUCCUUGGACUACCAAAAUUGUCUUUCUUUCAUUAAAUUUCCCACAAGUGCUAA